GGGGUCAUGUUCGUGCGGAACGACGACAUCUCUCGGGAGUUUUUCGAUACCAUGGUUGAUCUAUGGGACAGCCAUCCUAAUCAGACGGAGGUCUAUUUGAAGGUGAAGAAGGUUCUGCCGGGGAUUCCAGGUUAUCUCUGCGAUCAAGGGAGCGCCAUCUACAUGCUCAUGACACAGAAGGAUCGAUGGCUGCCACGUGUCUAUCUCGAAGAGAGGUACCACAUCAACCGAUACUGGAAGGACGAGAAGGAUAAUCUUGACAACUACAUGGAGGAGCGUGAAACGUGGCGGAACGAUGGAAACCACCCACCUUUCAUCAUGCACUUCUGCGGUUGCGCGCUUUGCUACAUGAAGUACUCUGAGGAUUUUGACGAGUGCCAGCGUCAGCACGACCGAGCGUUCAACUUCGCCAACAAUCAGAUCAUCAGAGAUCUCGGAUUCAUGCAUCGGAACCUGUCGUCAUCGGAGGUGGUCCCCAUCAUCAGAUGACGAACACCAUCAACUAGACAACAGGAAGUUUGUUCGGAUAUGCUUUGUUUGUUCGUUUAGCACAUUUGUUAGUAUUUCAUUACCAUUCCUCCUCAGAGUCUUUCCUCCGUCUCCUCCUUCCUACACACCUUCACUUUACUAUUCCUCUUCCGUUCACGCCACCGCCUCCUCGCUUAGCCGUUUGCUCCUCCUCUUCUUCUUCUUCUUCUUCUUCUUCUUCUUCUUCUUCGUCUCUUCGUCUUCGUCGUCUUCGUCGUCUUCGUCUUCUUCGUCUUCUUCGUCUUCUUCGUCUCUUUCUACAGUCGUAUGCGACCAUAAAAUUGUGAGAAUUAUGCUCUCCCUUCUUCUUCCUCCUCCUCCUCGCACGAGCAAGCACGUGUGAUGAAGAUACUGUUUCGUCACUCGGAGAGCUCGCGAUUGGCCUCUCUAUUGCCAAUUCAUUUCUUCUUCUUCUUCUUCUUCUUCUUCUUGUUCUUCUUUUCCACUGAAAAAUGGAGCAUAUAUAUGCGACCAUAACAGUGGAAGAAGUAUGGUCCUUCCUUGUCGUCAUCGUCGUCCUCCUCCUCCUCGUCUUUCUCCUUUCUUUCGUUCCCUCUGAAGAUGUCUGAGUCUGACAUCAUGGGACGUGGUUCUGAUAGACUAUUCGAACACGGGAUUCUAUUUCUAAGAUCCCAUACCAUACCCUUUCGAAUGCCCUGCUGAUUUCUCCCCUCUUCUUUUUCUCAUUGUUCUCUUCUUUUCUCCUUGUUUUUUUUUUUCCUCCUCUUUUCGGUGCUGCUAUUUUCGGCUGCUCCCGGAGCGUGGUCCCACUAGCAAAGAGGACUGGAUCGAAUGCCUGCAUCUGGACGUGUUUGAGGAGAGGUGCAGGAAAUCGAGAUUGAACUGCUUUUCUGCAUCUCUGCAUAAAACACAUCCAGAUUCAGGCAUUCGAUCCGAUCCUCUUUGCUAGUGAGACCUCGGCCCCGGGGAGUCGUUCUUCUUCUCGUUUAUCCGAACACGGGGUCCAUUUUUUUAGCCCCGCCCUUAAAUCUACCACUAAUUCUACCAUUAUUCAUACGGCCCGAUGGAUGAAUUUAACGGCGGGUUUGAAGGCGCCUGCUCCUCUGCGAAUGGUAGAAUUUGCCGUAUAUUUAAAGGGACUAUUGUAAACCACCACUACCUCUCUCACUCUUGGUGAAAAUGUAAGUAUGCGGGAGUAUGCGGAGGCUCGGCAGUUUUCACACUUUAUUUCGGAGCUUUUCGGGAGUAUGCGGAGGCUCGGCAGUUGGGCCCAGCAGUUGGGACUUGUGCGCCCCUUCGAAAAACAAAAAGAAGAAAAACAAAAAGAAAAACAGAAG